UCACCAAGUGCCAGCUCUACACAGGCAACAACUUACUCAAGGGGGUUCUUGAAAUGGGCGCUGAUGAACCAAAGUCAGAUUAUUCGUCCAGUGACAGCAAUUUGAACCACUUGGUGAUGGACUCAGAGUCUGAGAUGGACAGCACUGAACAGCUGGCUUUGGGAAGCACUGACACUUUGGCUAAUGGCAACAAGACUGACCAAGAGGCUGCCAAACGAUUGGCCAAACGCCUCUAUUACCUAGACGGGUUCAAGAGGUCAGAUGUGGCUCGACAUUUGGGGAAAAAUAAUGACUUCAGUAAGAUGGUUGCUGAGGAGUACCUGAGAUUUUUCGACUUCACGGGACUGAGCUUGGACCAAGCACUGAGGGCAUUCCUGAAGGAGUUUGCACUCAUGGGAGAGACACAGGAGAGGGAACGAGUGCUGAUCCACUUUUCACACAGAUACCACCAGUGUAAUCCGGACACCAUCUCCGCAGAGGAUGGCGUACAUACACUUACUUGUGCACUGAUGCUGCUAAACACAGACCUUCACGGACACAAUAUUGGCAAAAGGAUGUCUUGCUCUGACUUCAUCUCGAACCUGGAGGGGCUGAAUGAUGGCAAAGACUUCCCCAAGGAUUUGCUCAAGGUUUUGUACAGCUCUAUCAAAAAUGAGAAAUUACAGUGGACAAUUAAUGAGGAGGAGCUCCGUAAGUCCUUGUCUGAGUUGGCUGAUGAAAGGACAGAUCCAAGCCUGAAGACCAUGAAGCGGAUCAGCAGUGGCAGCAACCCGUUCCUGGACAUAAUGCAGGACCCCAACGCCGCCACAUACAAGCACGGCUUCCUGGUGCGCAAGGUGCACGCCGACUCCGAUGGGAAGAAAACUCCCCGAGGAAGAAGAGGCUGGAAGACCUUCUAUGGUGUGCUGAAGGGGAUGAUCCUCUACCUACAGAAGGAUGCAUACAAGCCAGAUAAGCAGUUAUCGGAAGAAGAUCUGAAGAACGCCAUCAGUAUUCACCACUCACUGGCAGUGCGAGCAUCUGACUACAGCAAGAAGCCCAAUGUCUUCUACCUAAAGACAGCUGAUUGGAGAGUGUUCCUUCUCCAGGCCCCGAGCUCAGACCUGAUGCAGUCCUGGAUCACCCGCAUAAACCUGGUGUCAGCCAUGUUUUCAGCUCCGCCAUUUCCCGCGGCUAUCGGUUCCCAGAAGAAGUUCAGCCGACCUCUGCUUCCCACCGCUGUAACCAGGCUGUCUCUGGAGGAGCAGAUAAAGGCGCACGACACCAGGCUGAAGGCUAUGACUGCGGAUCUGGCCGAGCAUCAUUCUGUCCCUCCCGACAAGAAGGCGAAGGCGAAAGAGCUGGAGGAAUACAAGCAGAAGGAGGAAUACUUGGAAUUCGAGGAGAUGCGGUUCUGCACGUACGUCACGCUGCUUCGGGCCAAGCUGAAAGCCGGAACCGACGACCUGGACAAGUUUGAUGCCGCCCUGUUCGACACCGCCGAGAACGAGGGAAACGGCCUGAAGAAGUCUCGCUCAAGCCCCUCCCUUAACCUGGAGCAGCCGGCUGUUGCCAUCAGGGUCAAACGGAAUACUUCGGAACGCAGGAGCAGUCGGCACCCUGCCAGCACUAAGCACAAGCUAUAACGCACGAUACUGCUUGACCCGCUGAGUUCUUCCAGUGUUCUGUCUUUGUUUCAUCUCCAGGACCUGACCUUGAAUCCAUUGCAGAGGAAUCUUUAAUGAAAACAGAAAAUGCUGGAAGCACACAGGUCGGGCAGCGUGUAUGAAAAGAGAAACAGUUAAUGUUUCAUCUGAACAUUAGCAACUUCUCCUUCCACAGAUGCUGCCUGACCUGCUGAGUGCUUCUAGCAUUUUCUGAUCUGAUUUCAGACUUCCAGCAUCUGCAGUUUUUUGAUUUUCUUUUGCAGAGUUGAAGAUGUGUGACUGAGACAGCUGCAAAUUUAAAAACAGCAGCAUCUGCAGAAGAACAGAAGCUAGUUGGCAUUUCAGGUCAAUGACUCCUUGGGGUUGCCUCAGGGAAGAGUCUUAAGAAUUCAGUGAGUUCUGCGUCAGCACAGAUGCUGCCUUCAGUGAAGUGGGAAUGAAAUAUUCUCAUCCCAGUUUCUUUAAUUAGCCCAGUUGUUUUCAGUCAUCUCCAUCUGAGAGCAAAUUGGUGGCCUUAAUGAGACGACUGUAGUAAGACUGCAGCAGGUAAUGAGCAUGUCGUUGUAGUGAAGAGAUAGGUGCUGUUGGAAGGUUGAGAGUAAAGGAGAUCAAGGGAGGGAGGGAGGCCUUAGUGUAAGAUAUGAACGAGAGCAGAGGUUUGGAGGUUGAAGUGAAGAACUGUCACACCCUGAAGCACCGAAACCCCUUUUUAUUAUUGAGAACAAAAAGUGACCCAGACCCUCAAAAAAAUAAUUCAAGGAAUGAAUAGACUGAUUCAAAUAAUGAUCCUGGUGACCCCAUGUUUUUCCCUGAGAGGAACCGUCACCAUUUUAUGUCUCCGACCAAGCAAGGAACCUCUUCUUAAAUGUUGAUAGUUAUUUAAUGAUGACAACCAUUGUAAAACUGAAGGAAUACU